AUGCCAAUCAAGAAGGUUUUUCUCACCGGGGCGUCCGGGUUCAUUGGUGGCGAUGCUCUCUACGCAGUGCACAAAGCCCAGCCCGACUGGGAUAUCUCUGUCCUAAUCAGAGAUGAACAGAAGGCUAAGCAGAUACAAGAUGCAUACCCCCAUGUCAAGAUUAUCUUCGGUUCUUUAGAUGAUGCCGAAAUCAUCAGGAAUGCCGCAUCUACAGCCGACAUCGUCAUCCAUACUGCCGAUUCUUCUGAUCAUCCAGCCUCGGCCCAAGCCAUCGCGGAUGGCCUCCGGGCCACGCAUACGCACUCCAACCCCGGAUAUUACAUUCACAUCGGCGGCACGGGAAUCCUUACCUGGUAUGACUGGGAGCACCAGCGCUUUGGCCAACCACCGCUGCCAGAACAGGCGUAUGAUGAUGUGGAUGGUAUUGACGCUAUAUUAAAUCUUCCUGAGUACGCCUGGCAUCGCAAUGUUGACAAAAUCGUUCUCGCGGAGGCUACCAAGGAUCCAGAGGCGGUAAAAAUUGCCAUUGUCUGCCCCCCAACCAUUUACGGUAUUGGAAGAGGUCCUGUCAGUCAGCGAAGCCGCCAGAUUCCCUUGCUAAGCGCCUUAACAAUCGAAAACGGGGAAGCACCUAUUAUUGGAGAGGGCCUUGCUGAAUGGGACCAUGUCCAUAUUCACGACCUGUCUAGCCUAAUUACGCUGCUCGUGCAACAUACCAACAAUUCAGGGACUCAUAAUUCUGACAAGGAGAUUUUUGGCCCAAAAAGCUACUACUUUGCCGCGAAAGGCACUCAUCGAUGGGGCGAAGUCGCAGAGGUUAUCGCCAAAGAAGCCUGGAAGCAGGGUUUUAUCAAGGCGCCCAAAAAGACUCACCUUCAUGUUGAUAUGGCCAAGGAGAAAUACGGCAUGGAACCCAUGACUUGGGGCCUUAACAGCAAGGGUACAGCGAGGCGGGCAAACAAGCUGCUUGGUUGGGAGCCCAAGGGGCCAGACUUGGUGGACCUAAUUCCUGACCUGGUUCGAUAUGAGGGAGAGAGAAAGAAACAGGGACUCGAGACCUGGAAGAAAGUUAAUUAA